AGGGGUGGGGGGGGGCGCCUUAGCGACCCGGCCUUUCCUUUAGGUUUUCCCUUUCUCGCCCCCGCGGAGGCUUUCCGGAAGGGGCUUGCGCGGGGAUCUGGCGCUGAAGUGGCCGAGCUGUCGGGGGGGGCCUGAGUGGGCGCUUCGAGGACCCAAGAUUGUCUAAAGCCACAGGGAAAAUGGUGGAAAAUUCACCGUCGCCAUUGCCAGAAAGAGCGAUUUAUGGCUUUGUUCUUUUCUUAAGCUCCCAAUUUGGCUUCAUCCUGUAUCUAGUGUGGGCAUUUAUUCCUGAAUCUUGGCUAAACUCCUUAGGAUUAACCUAUUGGCCCCAAAAAUACUGGGCAGUUGCAUUGCCCGUCUACUUCCUCAUUACUGUAGUAAUUGGUUAUGUACUCUUAUUUGGAAUAAACAUGAUGAGUACCUCUCCACUCAACUCCAUUCAUACAAUCACAGAUAACUAUGCUAAAAAUCAACAGCAGAAGAAAUACCAAGAAGAGGCCAUCCCAGCAUUAAGAGAUAUUCCUAUUAGUGAAGUAAACCAAAUGUUCUUCCUGGCAACUAAAUAACUUUAUGCCAAAAACUAAAUUGUAUGUAGACUAACACUGAGCAUUUACUAUAAUUUUUUAUAUAAUAAUUUUGACCAUAAUUAUUUUGACUCUCUCGUACCCAUUAUUGAAAUGUAAACAAAGUAAGUUGUUCUUUUAGAUUAAGUUAUAUUAAUAUUAUAAAAGUUCUUGAGUAUUAGUUAUUAACAGAAUAAAUAAAAUACUGCAUUACCAGAUAGCAGACAAAAAUAAGUAUCAGUAAAAACAAGAAGUCCCUCCAGAGAAGCAUUCAUGUUAUGAUUUUUAAAUGGCAGAUAUAUCCUUCCUGCUGUUUUUUUUCUUAGAGGCCCAGAAUUCAAACUCUUAGAUUUGGGAGAGGGGUACAUUGAAUUUGUGUGUUCUUGCAUCAUAUUUGUGUCUAAGAAAGAAACAUUUGUUGAGUACUUACUACAUACCAGGUAUUUUUCUAGAUAUAGCAAUGAUAAGAUUCUUUCUGAAAGAGCCUACAUUUCAGAAGCAGAUUGAGACAGACUAAGCAAAUAAGCAAAUAUUAUUUGACGAGUGCUAUGCAGAGAAUUAAGAUAGUAUAAUGUUCUAGAAAGUAAAGGGAUGACUAUUUUAGCGUGGGUGGUCCGGGAAGGCUGUUCAGAGAGAGGCAGUUGAGGUGGAAAUGUGAUUAGCAAAAGCCAGGAGCCCAUCCGAAGGAUUGGGAAUGUUGGAGAGCUUGCCGGUAAGAAGCAGCGGGGGGCAGAGACCUCCAGGUGGGAAGGAGCUCAGUGUGGACAGAAGCCCAGCAGGGGGCCUCGAGCACACUGCCCCGGGGAGUGUGGUCUCAGGGGAGCCUGGAGAGGCCCAGCACCAUCGCACUGCUGCAGGGGGCUUUGUAAGCCAGCUUGGGAAGUCUGGAAUUAAGUAUCAGUGUGAUGAGUUGGAGGCCCUUUAGAUUCUGAGCUAGAGGGAGGCUUUGAGGAAAGGCAUGACCUGGCCCAGUGCAUGUCUUGAAAAAGUUGCUCAGGCUGGUGGAUAGAGGAUGGAUUCAGGAGGGAGAGUUGGGGGUGGGGCAGGAGUAUGGAUGUGAGGGGGGCCGCUCUAAGUGGUGGCAGUGGUGCUGGGGAUGAGCGGGUCGCUCUGCAGCCUUUGUCGGAGACACAGCUGACGGACAGGGUGUGUGGAUCUGGUUGUGCGGAGUGGGCGGCUGCUGAGAGAAGUUGUGAUCGUGGGGCAUUCCUGGGGUCUCUGGAUCGAUGAGCCUUGUAGAUAGUUAUGCUUUUUACUGAAUCAGACAGUAUUUGGGGAAAUUGAGGGGGUUGGAGGAUUCAGUAUAUGAAUUCGUUUGAGUGACUCCUCCUUGUUAAUAUCUAGUUGUGUCCAUGUGAGAUUGAGAAGCUUGGAUAGAAAUAAGUUUUAAAAACCAUACGGGGUGCCUGCAUGGCUCAGUUGUUAAGUGUCUGCCUUCGGCUCAGGUCAUGAUCCCGGGGUCCUGGGAUCGAGCCCCGCAUUGGGCUCCCUGCUCAGCGGGAAGCCUGCAUCUCCCUGUCUGCCUGCAGCUUCCCCUGCCUGUGCUCUCUCUCUCUGUCAAAUAAAUAAAUAAAAAAUCUUUAAAAACAAAAAACAAAACAAAAACAGACCAUAUGUAACUUAGCAAGAGUGUACUAACAGUUGGCCAGUGGGACCAAAUCUCAACUCCUCAAGCAUUCGAGGCCUUCUAACUUUUGACACCCAAAGUCUCUGUACAGGAAUGGAGCCACACAUUUUUGUGCAAAUUUAACUAUACCUCCUGUAAAAAGAAGAAAAAGAAACUAUUAAUUUUAAAUAGUUGAGAAAACCAGGGCUUCCAUUUUUCAUAACCAUAUCCCUGCCUUGUAAGCAUAAGACAGGUGACAUGAAUCUGCUAUUUCUAGUCUGUCGUUUGUCCCAGCUCCUGUAUUUCUAGGGUAAGAGCAUGUCUCCACACUUCAGUUUGAGAGGACCAGUUGGCUCCAUCCAGGGUAGAACGGUAAAUAAACAAAAAAUAUCUGUUUAUACAGUGGAAAACUGGGGCACCUGGGAGGCUCAGUCAUUAAGUGUCUGCCUUCGGCUCAGGUAAUGAACCCAGGGUCCUGGGAUCGAGCCCUGCAUCGGGCUCCCUGCUCGGCGGGAAGCCUGCUUCUCCCUCUCCCACUCCCCCUGCUUGUGUUCCCUCUCGCUGUGUCUCUCUCUGUCAAAUAAGUAAAUAAAAUCUUUAAAAAAUAAAUAUAUGGUGGAAAACCACACAGCCAUGCAAACAAGAACAAAUCACUGCUCUACCUAACUACAUGAAUGAAUAUCACACACACGCUGGGGAAAAAAACAGACAUAAAAGAAUAUAUAGUGUAUAAUACCAUUUAUAUGAAACUCAAAAUCAGGAAAAACGAACCUUUGGUGAUAACUAUACAAUAGGAGUAUUAACCAGGAGAGGCAUGAGGGAACCCGUUGGGAGGUUAAAAAUGCCCUGCAUCUUGAUCUGGGUUAUAGUUACCUGGCUAUAACAGAAGCAUACUGUUAAUAUCAUUUAACUUGUGCUUUUUAAAAUUGAAUCAUAGUUGACAUACUAUCUUAAUUUCAGGUGUACAAGGUAGCCGUUUGAUAUUUUUAUACAUUACCAAAUGCUCACCACAAUGGGACUAGUUACCAUCUGUCACCAUAUAAAGUGAUUGCAGUGUUAUUGCCUAUAUUCCCUAUGCUGGACAUUACAUCUCUGUGGCUUAUUUUGUAAGAAGUUUGUACCUCCUAAUCCCCUUUAGAUGUUCCACACAUCCCCCCACCCAAGAUCUGUUCCCUUGAUAUAACAUCAAUAAAAAGGUAAAGAUGCCUAAGCCCCAUCCCUAGAAAUUUUAAUUCAUUGGUCUGGAGUGGGGCCCAAGGAGGGGUAGCUUUUAAUGACUCCUGGACACUGAACAACUUGCAGCCAGGACUGAGAACUGCCUGCCUUAAUCCAUUGGCUUUAACAACCUGUGGUCAACCCGGAGGGGCAGUUUCUUUGGAAGAAUGGGUCCUUAUCAGAGCAGUCCUUUCACCUUUGUGAGACUCCUUCCCAGAUCAGCAUCGUCCCUUUGUAUUCCCCUCAGGCCAAUGAUAGGCCUAAAAAGAUUUUGAAAUGGGUCAGAAAAAGGCCCUUAAUUACUCCAGUACCCCACCUCACCUCAGGCCUCCUAUUAGCUUUUCAUUCUGUUUCCCAACCACAGUGUCCCUACCGCUCGUAAGAGAUUAUGUCAGUGUUUCUCAGAUUAUGGGCUGCAAUUCUUCCCAGGGUCUUGGUCAGUUUAAUGUAGCGAUUCGCACCAUUUUUUAAAAUCUCAGGACCCCCUUACACUCAUAAAGAGUGUUCCCAAAGAGCUUUCAUAUAUGUGGAUUAUACUUAGAAAUUAAAAUAGGAAUUUUAGGGGCGCCUGGGUGGCUCAGUUGGUUAAGCGACUGCCUUCGGCUCAGGUCAUGAUCCUGGAGUCCCGGGAUCGAGCCCCGCAUCGGGCUCCCUGCUCAGCGGGGGGUCUGCUUCUCCCUCUGACCCUCUUCCCUCUCGUGCUCUCUGUUUCUCAUUCUCUUUCUCUCAAAUAAAUAAAUAAAAUCUUUAAAAAAAGAAAUAGGAAUUUUAAAAACAUCUUUAUAAAUACUAAACCCAUUAUACUUUAUAUAUUUAAAUAACAUUUUAUGAAAAAUAACAAUUUUCUAAAACAAAUUUAGCGGUGAGACCAGUAGAAUUGUUUUACAUUUUUGCAAACCUCUUUAAAUGUCUGGGUUACUGGAAGACAGCUGGGUUCUCCUAUCUGCUUCUGUAUUCAGUCCGCACGUCUGGAGAACCACAGCACCCUUGUGAGAGAAUGAGAGCGGAAAAGAGAAGCAGCAUCUUAAUGGUUUUAUGAAAUUGGUUUUGACCUUACAGACCCCCUGAAACAGGGUCUCCAGGCCACACUUUGAGAACCACCGCUUAGUGGGCCUCAGCUGGAGUGUGUGUGUGCGUGUGAGAGAGAACUAGCAUGGGAUGCGGUAUUGCACUUGGUAAGGAUAAGUAUCUUGAUUGAACACCUCUCGUGGCCACUGCAGAUCUUUCCCAUUCGACCCCUUACUCCAGCCCCUGAUGCCCUUUUGAUCAGGGCCACAGAGGUGCCACUCAACAGGGCACCCUGGCGCGGGGUGGGGGGGCGGGGGGGUCAACACCCAAAGGACACCGUGGAGCUCACUGUGGGGCAAGCAUCCAUCCCCCAACAAAGCCCGUGUGAGCCGAAUUCCUUCAGCUUCGGAGCAGGUCUUGGGAGACUGAGCUGCGGUCACCAUGGCGACGGUGGCCGCGGUCCCGCGUGCCUGUGUUGGCUCUUCUCAGUUUUGCUCCCUUGCUGCCCACUCCUUCCUAAUGUCACUUUCCGAAUAAACUGCCUA